ACGAUUCCUUCGCGAAUCGGAUAGCACUACGUUGGAGAACCAUGGCGGUGAAACAAAUGACAUGGUUGGGGAUCUAAAUUACACACAGCAGAAGAACCGGCGCCCGUAGACAGUGAGAUAUCCGUGAAGAUGUGCGCGGGGAUUCGAGACAAUGUAUCAGAGUGACUAUGAAGGGCUAAUUUCCAUUGUCCAAUUGAGGAUUACAGGACCACGGACCUAAAAAUACAGUUUUAAAGUAGGAAGUUUUUAAAGUCAUUGAAAAUGAUCAAGGGUGAACGCACCCUGCGGAGCGCGUCCCCGCAUAGAAAUGCAUACAAGUCGGACUUCCACGCCAUUAAGUGCACUUUUGAUGGGACCAAAUCCGACAGCGAGGCCAAAUCUUAUGCUAAUGGAGCCAGCGACCCCCGAGAGGACACCAGGGGGAGGCCGUUUGGCAACCGGAUAAACAAAAUCAAGAACAUUUUCUUGCAAAUGGAUGGCCAGCAAUCGCAGGAGAGUCAGGAGAGUAAACCUGCUCAAAAAACAGAUGCAUCAUCUCCUGUGUCCCCAGUGUCCAAGUUCCCAGUCAGCACCAGCAAAACCUCCCUCAGCACUGCCAACAACCAAGAACCGCAAAACACAGACAGAACUCCAAAGGGAGAAGAGGGCGAAAUAGAUAAAGUCGCCCUGGCGGAGAAAUUUUCAGUGACAAGGAAGCUCUUUGAAAGAGGGAUAAAAGAGCAGCCCGUCGCGGAGAGAAGGACCUCAGUCACCCGGAGGUCCUUCGGAUCUUCUGAAAACACCAGCAACAAUGGCGUCAGCAAAAGCCCAACGUCACCUGUGAGUAGCGCCGCAGAGGAAAAGAGGGACGUUGAGGACUCAAAACAGGUCAAUAGGCUAUCGCUGAAUGCGGGACCUAUUUCCAGGCGGUUGGAGAACUUCAUUGUGGACGGUGAUAAUGAAGAGUCAAUGCAAGUUUCCGCUAAAAGCCCUGAGAAACUGAGCAGCGCCUCUGAGCACUCGCUGGCGUCGCCUCUACGAGGGAGAUCCCAGAAACCCACUUCCACAGUUACUGAUCAAGCACACGAACCCACAUCCCCAAACCCUGACGCAUCACCCAAAUCGCUCCCGUGUAAAACAGAACCAGUAGCCGGUAGCCCUCCGUUCAAGUCCAUCAGCCCGGUUUCAUACAAACCGACCUCCCCGACCGGCAGGAGCACCGGCGAGCCUCUUUCGCCCACGGCUCACGGCCCAUUUAAACGCUCUCCGUCUUCUGGAAGUGACUCGGUGAAAGAUUCCUUGACAAGUAAGCCAAGUAGUCCUCCUGCGAACGAUCUCAAAUCUUCUUCCAGUCUCUAUAAACGGCCUUGGAGUCCUGAGGAACCAAAAAGUGGGAACCACAUAAUUCCCAGUCCAUCUAGGGACGUCUCUCAUGAGCAGACCGCCACACAAUGCCUGGACCCGACUGGUGCGGGAGUGGUACGGGCCGAGCUGGUAGUGGUCCAGAACGAGUCUUCAGAAAGCGAGGAGAACGACGAAGAGUUUUUGGAGGAUGCCAUGUCAGAGGUGAAGCUACAAAGGGAACUUAAAUCCGAGGCUCCAAAAGCAGAUCUGAACCCUCUGAAGGUGUCAUCACCUCAAAACCAUACUGAGGACAAACGGCUGGAGAGGGAUGUAUGUGUAUCAUUAGAGCUGGAGAAAGAGGAACCGAAUCAAGAAGAAGAAGAAGAAGAGGAGGAGGAGGAGAUCAUACAAAAGAGGAAUAGCUGUCAUGAAGAUGAUGACGAGGAGAGCGAGCAGGAAGAUCCAGACGAAUAUGGGAAAUCUUCUCCGGUGUUUUAUAGUUUUGAGAAUGCCGCGUUUUUGGAUGAUAAGGAAGGGGUUCAGGACCCGGAGGAUGAGGAGGAUGAAGAUGAGGUCUAUGAGGAGUAUGAUGAUGCUCCCGGUUUGUCUGAGGAUGAGGAACGGUCUCCAAGAAGGAAAAUCAGAUUCUCCACCGAGCCGAUACGGGUGUACAGCACGUUCUCCAAUGAAGACUACGACCGGAGGAAUGACGAUGUGGAUCCUGUGGCGGCGUCUGCGGAGUACGAGCUGGAGAAACGGGUGGAGAAGAUGGACGUGUUUCCCGUGGAGAUAGAGAAAGGUGAUAAAGGGCUGGGGAUCAGUAUUAUAGGGAUGGGUGUUGGGGCAGACCAGGGUCUGGAGAAACUGGGCAUCUUCGUCAAGACCAUCACGCAGGAUGGAGCCGCAGAGAGAGAUGGGAGGAUCCAGGUGAAUGAUCAGAUUGUGGAGGUGGACGGCAUCAGUCUGGUUGGUGUGACGCAACACUUUGCUGCGACCGUCCUCAAGAACACGAAGGGAACGGUCAGGUUUCUGAUUGGCCGAGAGAAGCCAGGCGCUCAGAGUGAGGUGGCGCGUCUGAUCAGCGAGACCCUGGAGCAGGAGCGCCAGCAGCAGCAGGUGGACGACGCGUACGAGCAGUCGACUGAAGAGGACGAGCACUACGAGGAUGAGGAGGAAGGGGGGGAGGAUGUCAUCCUGGGUUCCAGUUUCGGCAGGAGGAACGUGGAAGUGUACGAGCUACCAGAGAGCGAAGAAGUGUUCCUGCCAUCAAACAUGGACACCACUCAGCUAAUGUUCAGAUUUAAAGAGCUGCAGAUUAAACACACCAUCGCUGAGGCGGAAUUAGAUGAACUUAAAGAGACAUUGAGGGAUUCGUCGGAGGAGCGCGCGGCGUGGGAAGCGAGGGAACAUCAGUUAGAGAGGAGCGUUCAGGAGAACUCUGAGAGAAUCGUUCAGAUGGAGAAGAACUGGCUCGAGGCUCAAGCUCUCUGCAAAAGCAUCAACGAACAGCUCAAUGACACGCAGGGCCAAUAUGAAGCUCUGGAUAAAAAAUACAGCAAAGCCAAGAAGCUGCUCAAAGACUAUCAGCAGAAAGAGGCGGAGUUUGAGCAGAGGGAGGAGGAGUUAAGGAGAACUCUGGAGGAGAGAGAGGCUUCAUAUAAAACUCAGAUAGAGGAUCUGCAGCAGAGGUUGGCCAAGCUUGAAUCUGGCGGUGGUCAUCAUGAGUCUUCACUGUCGGGCAGUAAGUCUGCAGAUUCACUUCUUUUGGGACCGGACUGGAGUGAGGUGGUUCCCGAGACGGAGCGUUUGGACACCAGCGCCCAUCGUGCGAGGGCCCAUCCGGCUCAGAGGUCCAAACGCCAGCCCCCGUCCCGAAGCAAACUGAAAGAGAUGCUCGGCUCGCCGACGGGACAAGCACAGGGUGAGGAUGACAGCGAGUCUUUGAGUCCAGAUUCUCCACUGACCCGUAGGAGAUCAAUCCAGGAGAGCUUGUCCCUGCCGGUGGCCAUAUCUUCCCCUGCAAACCACCCGAAGGAUGAAGCAUCUGUUACGAGCAGCAGCCAAUCAGUGCAGAGGGAUCCACAGGGCCCCGCCCUCUCGCCCCCUAAAGACUCCUCCCCCUCCAGCUUCCUGAGGAACGUGAAGAAGAGAGAGUCCAAAGGCAAGGGCAAAGAGGUCAAAGACGAGUCUAAUGAUGCAGCGGGAAAACCCAAAAGAAGAUUCCCAGAUUUUGGUGGUUUAAGGAAAUCUGGAGGAAAGGGGAAAAAAAUGAACAAAGAAUCUAAAAGGGCGUCACUGGACAGCAGGGGUUCAGCAGAGUUACUGGAGGAGUCCGGGGUGCGAGUCUCUCCGUCAGAGUCCAUGACCUCCAUCCCCACCUGCAUGCCCUUCUCCUGGUUCGGAGAGAAGGACAAAGAGCGAGACCGAGAGCCGUCGUCCUCCACCAGCAGUCUCCCAUACACCACUGCAGACGCCAGCGAACACACACACAACUCCAAGAACAAGACAAACCUCUCCUGGUCUUCUCUGUUCAGUCGCUCCUUAGAUUUGAGUUUGUCAGUGCUAGAUGAUUCGAACCAUAGCAGUCCUGCUCCAGAUUUGUCUGGGCUGGUGGUGGAGCCCAACCUGUCGGGCCGCUCUCACACAUUAACCUUCUCCUCCAGCGAGAUGCUGGAUGAGGAGCCUUGCUCUGGAGGGAAGGAAUAUCACUGGCAGACCCGUCCGGUCUCUGAUUGGACGUCCCAGCAGGUGUGUCACUGGCUGAUGGGUAUGAACAUGGAUCAGUACACACCUGAGUUCAGCACACAGGCCAUCGAUGGACAGCAGCUCCUGAACCUGGACAGUGACCGACUCAAGGCUCUGGGUGUGUCCAGUCAGAAUGAUCGCGCCAUCAUCAAGAAGAAGCUGAAGGAGAUGAAGAAAGCGCAGGAGAAGAUGGAGAAACAGCGGGAAAAGCGUGAGAAAGAGGCCAGACGCAGCGGACGCCUCCCCGCCAGCACUGACUCACUCUGCUGAAGAUCAUCAGUGUCACGCUUUCUUCUCUUCGUCUCCUUUCAUUCCUGUUUGGCAGACUGGGACCACUUCCUUCAACACACACACACACACACACACACACACACAUGAGUCGUUCUAAAGGAGUCACUACAGAGAAUAUCCUCACAUACGGUCAGUAAUAACCUGUGCUGAAACACUAAUGAAGCUGCUUAUGAGAACAUCUUCA